UCACAAAGAGAUUGGCUGGAAGGUUGCACUUGUCACUAUUUGUUGUCCUGCAACUGUCAUGUUCUAUCACUCUGUUAGAUGAUCCUGUCAGGUCUAUGUUCCUGCUUGAAGGUGGUUGGAUACUCAACAUUAUAUCAAUUGCAGUGGACCAGAGACAGAGCUCAGAGAGGUACCCGGUGAAGUCACACAUCAGAGCUACGACUCAACUACUUGUCAGUACAGUUGGAAUCAUACAGUAGAUAUUACCAUUACAAGUCAGUUAGAAAGGUAAUAAAACAGUUAGCUAGGAUGGAUGACUACGUCAACAAAGAGGUUGUUGAAAUUGACAAGGUUAUUAAAGGAAACCAGAAUGGAGCAAUGAGGAGAGUGACGACUGAGACACAUCCCUCAGCACCUGACGGUUCAGGGAGAAGACUCUACAGGAUGGUUGCUGUAAGCUUUGGGAUGCUGUGUGUUCUACAAGUCACUCUCAACAUCUCCCUGCGACUAGUUUCAGACUGUCUGACUGAAGAGAGAGACCAGCAACAGAGGGAGAUAGAGAACUUUUCCAUAAAAUCAUCUAAUCCGGGCUGGAACAAGUUUGCAUCCUGUUGGUACUUCGUCUCUUCUGAGAGAAAAACCUGGAGUGAGAGCAGACAGGACUGUGUGGAGAAAGGAGCAGACCUGGUGAUCGUAAACAGCAGAGAGAAACAGAGAUUUCUCUUUAGCCUCAACACAAGAUUCUGGAUCGGUUUGACUGACAGAGAGACUGAGGGGUCCUGGAAAUGGGUUGACCGCACACCACUGAUAACAAGUUAUUGGAUAAUCGACCAGCCUAAUAAUGGACGAAGUCUUUCAAGCUUUCCGGAGGAGGACUGUGUUGAAUUACAAACUGGACAAGAUCAGCCUGAAAAGUCAUGGAAUGAUUUAAAUUGUGCACAAAAACGUAUGUGGAUUUGUGAGUUGUGUAACAAUAACCUACUGUAACAACUACCCGUCUAUCUCUCUCUCUCUCUCUCUGACUCUCCCGCUCUCAUUCUGUCUCCAUCCCUACUCAUUUAUGUUCUUUUCAUUCUGAACAUAUGAAUCAAAUUCCCAUUUACUUCCUGGGAUGCAUUAGUAGCUUCCUGUCUUCAGUAGUUAAAUGAUGGACACAUCAGAAACAGACAAUGAUUGAGACACAACAACAGCUGCAUUAGAACAGACAGAAGGGACCAGUAUGAGGUUGUUAAGUCAGUACAGUCAACUCCGGAUAGGUGCACAUCAGAUAAGUGUGAGACCUGGUUUCAAAUACAACUUGACAUUUUUCAAUAUCUUUGAGCGUUUGCUUUAGCCUGCCUUCAGAGCCAGGUGGGUACUGGGGCUUUUCUGUUGCAACAGAAGUAUCUUCAAUGAUUUCAUACAGAGAGGCAUUCUGGCAGUACUCCACCAGAAUUUGCAAAUAAAUUCAUUAGAAAUCUUACAAUGUGAUAGUCAUAGUUAAAGUGUCAUAGUUAAAGUGUACCUUUGAUGAAAAUUACAGGCCUCUCUCAUCUUUUUAAGUGGGAGAACUUGCACAAUUGGUGGCUGACUAAAUACUUUUUUGCCCCACUGUAUAUUAAAGUGAGCAAUAAGAAAUCAA